AUGGAUGUGUCGGCGAAAUCGAAUCUCAUCAAAAGUUUAAAACGGGUCGGGUCAAUGAAAAACAUACCGGAAAACCCGGUUCCGUACCAAGAGAUAACCAAAUCGGUUUCUUCCGGUGACGAUAACUCGGAGGAACUCAACGAGACCACUCUCUCAACAGUCAGAUCUAGGGUUCCGAGAGUACCAAAACCACCGCCGAAACGGUGUUUUUCAUCGGAAAACAGAGUAGAUCCGGUACCGGAGAGAUCGAAUCCACCACCUCCUCCGCCUCCGCCACCACCACCGCUUCUUCAACCACCGUCAGUUUUAAAAGCUCCUCCUCCGCCACCUCCGCCACCUCCGCCGAUGAAAAGCUUGAGCAUUGCGUCGGCGAAAGUGAGAAGAGUACCGGAAGUUGUCGAGUUUUACCAUUCUUUGAUGCGAAGAGAUUCGACGAACUCGAGAAGAGAUUCCACCGGCGGUGGUAACUCCGCCGCAGAAGCAAUCCUCGCGAGCUCCAAUGCUAGAGACAUGAUCGGAGAAAUCGAAAACCGAUCGGUUUAUCUCCUCGCGAUAAAAACCGACGUAGAAACGCAAGGAGAUUUUAUAAGGUUCUUGAUCAAAGAAGUCGAAAACGCUGCGUUUUCAGAUAUCGAAGACGUUGUGCCUUUCGUGAAAUGGCUCGACGACGAACUCUCUUACUUGGUUGAUGAAAGAGCAGUGUUGAAACAUUUCGAAUGGCCAGAGCAAAAAGCAGACGCGUUACGUGAAGCAGCGUUUUGUUAUUUCGAUUUGAAGAAACUCAUAUCGGAAGCUUCACGUUUUCGUGAAGAUCCUCGUCAAUCUUCUGGCUCUUCUCUCAAGAAAAUGCAAGCUCUUUUCGAAAAGUUAGAGCAUGGUGUCUAUAGCUUGUCGAGGAUGAAAGAAUCGGCGGCGAACAAAUUCAAGAGUUUUCAGAUACCGGUUGAUUGGAUGCUCGAAACCGGCAUUACUAGCCAGAUUAAAUUGGCCUCUGUGAAACUAGCAAUGAAGUAUAUGAAGAGAGUAUCGGCGGAGCUAGAAGCUAUUGGCGGUGGCGGUCCUGAGGAAGAAGAGCUUAUCGUACAAGGCGUUAGAUUCGCAUUCCGCGUUCAUCAGUUCGCCGGAGGAUUUGAUGCAGAGACAAUGAGAGCAUUUCAAGAGCUAAGAGAUAAAGCAAGAUCAUGUCAUAUUCAAUGUCAAAGCCAAACAAAUCAACAUAAGCUUGUUUAUCGAUCUACCCCUUGUUGA